AUGCAGAUUGCUCCAGAGCUCAUGGGUCAAGACGGACUGCCACCCCCUUCGUCCUCCAGUGCGACUGCUCCACCUGCUUCUUCCACGGAACAGUCCAACAACAACAAGCGCAGAUCGACUGAGUUCGAAGAUGCCACAGGUCAACAGGCUGCCGGUUCUUACGGAGGCGGAUUUCAAAGCUCAGCAGCUAGAGAUGAAGGCAACAGAGAAUGGCUGACAUAUGAACAAGCUGCGAACCGUAAUAUGCAUCCUUGGGAGGACGGUUACCGGGACGAAAACCUCGUUGCGGCUCUACAGGAGACAGAAGAACAGGAGCCAGCCGAGGAAUCCAGUAAACCCCGAAAACGACCCAGAGCUUCCAAACCUCGCAUGUCCAAGAGCAAAGAGAACACGAUCAAUGGACUUGAAGUCGGUUUCGAGUAUGACUACGAGGACCCAUCCAGUGACUACAAAGCCGGCGUGGUCUUUCGUCAUCCAAAACCCGGCGCGGCUCCUCAAGCAUGCGAGAGGUGCCACAAAAUCAAGCGAAAGUGUGACAAUGCUCGUCCACGUUGCGCUGGAUGCAGCAAAGCUGAUGAGCCGUGUGUCUUUGACUUGAGUCCAGCGACUUCAGGUUACAUUCACCAACUCAAGAGCGAAAACAUCAUUCUCACCUCUCAAAUCUCGUCGGCACACGACCGCAUCAAUCAUCUCGAAGCCGUGGUGUCGGCCCUUGAGAAGGGAUUGCCACCACCUCAGAUGCCCGCGUCCGACCUGGAUCCAACUCAGACCGAUUUCGCGGCUCUUGCCCGCACCGUCCUUUCAGUUCGAUCCGCCACAAACAACCUUGCCUCCGCUUAUGAGACCUUAGACAGCCGGACUGGAGGCAACAAUCUCGGUGCCUCAUCCGGUGCUCCUUCCAGUCCCACAGAAGCUGCUGUUCUUCCUCCCUAUGAUAUUGCUCGAGCUGCUGCAGAGGCAUUCUUCAUCGCAAAUGCCAUUUCUUAUCCUUUCAUAAACAAGGACGAAUUCCUGAGUGAUAUGACGGAUCUUUACGCGCGCGAAGGCAAGUCGUGGAACAGACACAGCGAUAGCGAUAUGCUGCGCGGAAAGGAAUUCACCUUCUUCAUGGUCAUCGCGAUCGGCACCACGAACAGGGAGCGAGUGGGUGAAGCCGUCCGUGGUGCGUCCAAAGAAUUCCGUCAAAGAGCCAUGAGGGGACUCCCAUACGCAGUCGCGCGCGAGGAUAUGCUCUGCGUUCAAUCCUUGCUCUUGCUCGGCAUUUACAGCAUGUUUGAUCCCUCCGAUAUGUCACUGUGGCACAUUGUCGGAUUCGCCACACGGGUCGCAAUCGCACUCAACCUGCACCGCAAGAAUGAAGAUGUGAACGUCUCCUCAGAAGUCGCGGAGAUCCGAAGACGGGUAUUCUACAGUCUUUACAAUGUCGAGAGACUAGUAGCCACCACGCUCAGUCGGCCAUUGGUGAUCAGUGACGACGAUAUUGACAUCGAACUACCUUCACCACUUCCAAAUGACCCUCCCUACCGCGGGGUUGCCCAAAUGCUCUUCACACAGCAUAUCAUCAAGCUACGAAGACUGUCAGGGGCCAUUUGCGCAACGGUCUACUCUGUGUCUGGAUCUCAAAAUUCUCUGCCUGAAGCACAGAGAAAUGAGAUUAUCACCAACUUUCACCGUCAAAUGGACACUUGGCUCGCGGAAAGUCCGGUACCACCCUCAGAAGAGACCGAGAAGCCGGGUAUGAUCAACAAUCAGUCCUGGUUUCUUCUCAAUUACCAUCACAACCUAUGCCUACUAUACCGACCUUCGCCACUGUACCCCAAUAUGACCACCGAGCGACUCAGCGCACUCCAUGAUGCCAGUUCCCGUUGUGUAGCGCUUUGGAUGGAGCUCUUCCACGAGCAGAAGAUUUCAUACAGCAUUAUCAAUGUCUCGGCGCAGUUCCUCGACUGCAUAUCGCUGUUGUACUGCAUGUGCGAGUAUGACAACCGAUCUCCUAACCUUCACUCGGACGAAAACUGGAGUCGUGAGGUCAGCACUCGAUUGGGGCAAUGUCACGCAUUGCUGGAGGCCUUUGGCCGGGCUUUGCCAGAGACUGCCAAGUACAAGGAGAUUUUCACCAAACUGUCAGAGAUGCUCUUGCACCGACACGGUCCUUUGCCGGACACGUCAAGCAUACUUCCAGCCCCGAAUCAGGACGGAUCUGCUCCUGUCAGUUCGAGCGCACAGGGCUCAAGCUCGACCGGUUUCGACUUGCAGAACGUUGAGCUCUUGUCACCCGUCUAUCCAUCUCAAGAUCCUCGACAGAAUAGUGCGACCAGUGAAGAGCAAGCGGCUUGGAAUGCAAUGACUCAGUUGUGGCAUAACGCUGGAGACUUCAAUUUUGAUGAGUCGAUUCUCGGGCAGAUUCAAGAUGAUAGAUUGGCGCAGUUGGGUCUGGGAGGAGCUAUCAAAGGUGACUCUGGAAUGAACGGUCAGGGUGGUAGUAUUGGGACGGCUGUCGACGGACAAGCGGCUGGGAAUCCCCCUCUGCAGAAUGGGGGAUGGAAUGCGGACUCGAUUUUGUGGAGUCAGAUAGGUUAG